AUGUCAUGGCAAGCCGAUCAUCAUUAUCGCUCGGCAGUCCAAGACAUGGACCGGUCCAUGGCGCACCGUCAUGGCAGGGAUCAUACGUCCGUGGAUGAACGUGUGGCGGUAACCGCCGCAUCGUCGUCGUCUCUGUCGACAGCUGCGCCUGCCAUCUCUGCGCCACUACCGUACACGUACGAGGCUUCAAGCAUGUCUUAUGACCAUGGCUCUAUACCGCAUUCCGCUUCCGUGACGCACCUUGCAUCGCCUGUCGCAUCCAAGUCCACCAUGCCUGGCUCUUUCAGCAUGACGGAGCUUCCCCGCUAUGAUGACCACGCAACACAGUCGCAUCAUGCUUCGUAUGGUAAGGAUGAUCCUACGCAGCCUUUUCCCGAGCUAAACGCGGCUGCGUUGCCGUCAACACCCCAAGCCUUGAAUCCGAUUCGUACACCGAUGGAGCCCGUCACACCUAUAUCCGAGGCACCCAAGAAGGAUGCCAUCACCACACCCUUGCGCUCGAGUGAAACAGGCCGCACGGCAGCAUGGACACCACAGCGGGGCAUUCCCAGCAGCGAGUCCAUGGACUCGAUUCGGUCCGCGUCGCAAACCCCUAGCAAAUCGCUCAGCUCCGCAGCCAAUCGCGUCGCCGGAACAUUGUCCCGACUCACCCGCUUUCGAAACCGGCAGCAUGCACGUACGCAACACGCUGAGUCGGAAUCAUCGACUCGGUCAUCUACCUCUGCUACCUCUGCGUCUUUGACUUCAGCACCCAUUCUCGCGCCUGCCGCCGUGCCUGACACGAACGCUGCACAUGAUGCUUCAGAUUCGAGAAGAACGCCUCGAAAGUAUCAGGACCGACAUGACCUCGAGACGAAUGAUCGCUCGGGCCCACAUCAGCAGGUCUCGUCUGUCGAUGCUCAGUUCCGUCGCUUUGAAAUGAUAGGACGUGGUUCGUACGGUGCUGUGUACCGUGGCAUGCAUGUUCCGACCAACCGCGUUGUAGCACUGAAAGUGAUUGAUCUGGACACGCCAGACUUUGAUGUAUCGGAAAUAUGGCACGAGGUCGCUCUGCUAAGUCAGAUCCGCAACGCGCGGCCCAAGAACAUCGUGCGCUACUGGGGCUGUUGGCUCAAUGGACCAACACUGUGUAUCGCGAUGGACUAUUACGAAGGAGGCAGUGUUCGAACAUUAAUGAAGACGGGACCGAUCGCCGAGCGCUUUGCUGCGGUGAUAACGCGCGAGGUUCUCGUGGCACUCAAUUAUAUCCAUUCGCUAGGUAUUAUCCAUCGAGAUCUCAAGGCAGCCAACUUAUUGGUGACCCGCACUGGCCAAGUCAUGUUGUGCGACUUUGGCGUAGCUGCGUCAUUUGUCCAGGGCAGUGCUCGUGGAAAGCGCUCGACAUUUAUCGGCACGCCGUACUGGAUGGCGCCCGAAGUGAUUUUAGAGGGCAAAACCUACGACUACAAAGCAGAUAUAUGGAGUCUGGGCAUCACGGUGUAUGAAAUGGUGACGGGCAACCCUCCAUAUUCACAGCACGAUCAGCUACAGGCUAUUUCAAUUAUACCCAAGAACCAGCCGCCACGUUUGCCUGAUCAAGCCGGGUAUUCUCCGCUCCUGCAGGAAUUUGUUGCCGUGUGUCUGGAUGUGGAACCCAGCGAUCGGAUACCAGCAGACGAGCUCGCACGAAUGCGAUGGAUCAAGACCCAUGCCAAAAUACCAGUGAGUAUUCUCACAGAGCUUUUGGUCAUGUACCACAAGUGGACACAGGCCGGUGGUACACGCACAAGUCUCUUACCUCCGGUGCAGUCCAUCAGGGCAGAGGAAACCCCUCAACCAGAGUGGCAGUUCGAAGAGACACCGUUGGAUUCACCCCCCUCAACACAAGAAGCCGAAGCGCCCAUCAGUCCACCGGUAGAUCACCCCCUGAAAAAACUCUUUGACCAGGAAACGGAGGAGAAUGCUGCACACACACGUGCUGUUACCAGCACGCCCAAGAAUGUCCAUGCAACGAUACAUAAGCCGCUGAUCACACCAAGUUCACGCACAAAUACCCGCCCGGCUCCUGCAGGAUUCUCAGGCACGGGCAGUGUUCCUUUUCGAUUCGGACUAGGCAGCCGAGCUGCCGAGACAUCCAAAUCCAAGGCACUUGCUUCGCAUGUUUCCGCGGAUGCGAUGGACGAUGCUAAGAUGGAGACGAACAGCGACGAGGCGCCGCCACCGACAGAUUUGCCCCAUACGACGUCGUCUUCGUCCAUCUGUCCAUCGCCACCACUGCGAGAAUCACGCUCUAGCACAUCCCUUCCUUCUUUGCGACAAGAAGAUUCCGUCGAGUCUACGCCUACGUCCCCUGUUCUUCGACGCGUCGGGCACAUACCCAAUAGGACGAUGCGGCAAGCACCCGUACGAACCCUUCGUCUGAUGUCAUCGCCAUCGACUCUGGUGCGGGAGACCCCGAAUGGAAAACACAGCAUAGAUGAGGGGCACAAUAAUCCGCUGCUGUUCUUGGAAGAGCCGUAUACAGGUCUCCGGACGCAUAGCGGAUCCCAUGGCCCGCGCAGUCGUGGAAGUAGCGGGCUUGGAGAGACCCGCAGUCGGUCAGGAACAAGCCGGUCAGUGCGCUCUGCGCCAUCGAAGCACAAAGACAACGAAGUGGAUGGAGCGUCAGAGGCUAGAAACCAAAGUACGGUGACCGCACUCACAUCCUCGGCAUCAAUGACGUCCAUCGUGUCGCCAACAGGGGCUCAUCAGCGUAGUCAGCAUGGUGGGUCGGAUCCAACUAUGAUGGCGACCAAAAUGCGAUCUGAUCAGCAAUUUUCUAACGCAUCCAUGAAUCAUGAGCGCGAUUUGUCUACAAAGGCAUCUGAAGACGAUCUGUCAACACCCUGGACGAUACCCACGACGCCCGAUUCCCCAGGCACGCAACAUACUACAUCUCCGAAUGAUGUGUUCCAAGCGCCAGUCAUACCUGUCGCAUCGUUCGAAGGACCGCCUUUGCGCACGUUAGACUACAGAGCACUGAUUAACCGCCAAGACUUGCAGGCAGAAAUGGCCCGAACGGUCGAGGACCUAGGCACUUGGUUGGAUGCUCUAUCGUCGGGGCUCGAGAGCGUGUUGCAUCCGACUACACCGCCCCUCCACCAUAUAGACCCACGUGGUAUAUAG